AUGGCUGGAGUAGAAGGACAAAAUGAGAAUGAUGUGAGUGAUAGUAUGAGAAUAAUGUUAGUCAUUCAAGAUAUGGCCUCUGCUAUUCGUGAGAAAAAUCAACAUAAUCACGAACCCCAUCAAGAAACUCAAGAUUAUCAAAUAAUGAGGAUUCAAGGAGAAUUUCAUAAGACACGACCACCUGUGUUCAAGGGUGAUCCAAACCCUAUGGUAGCAGAAGAAUGGUUAAGACAAAUGAGGAGAAAGAUGAAUGAACAAAGAGUUCCUGGAAACCUGAAAGUGACCACUGCUUCUACCUAUUCGGAAGGACAAGCUUAUCAUUGGUGGGAAUCUGUCUUGGCUAUGCCUGAUGUUGAGGUUGCAACUUGGGUUGCCUUUGAGACAAUAUUUUUGGAGAAAUAUUUUCCUGAAACUAUGAAAACCAUGAAGGUACGUGAGUUCACUAAUCUUUAUCAAGGUGAUAUGACUGUGGGACAAUAUCAAGCUAAGUUUGAAGAACUUAUGCGUUUUUCUCCUUACAUGAUUCCUGAUGAGUCUGCAAUAACAAAGAAAUUUGAAGAAGGGUUGAGACUAGAAGUCAAGGAGAAAGUGGAACUUUUUAAAUUAAAAAAUUAUGCUGAAGUUGUUGAUCGUGCCUUAAUGGCCGAACAACGGAUACCUAGUUCUAAGAGAGUUUUUGAAACUAAGAAUCCUACGGGGGACAAAGUAACAAAUGCCAAAGAUUUUUUCCCUCUCGUCCCCGAUAUCAAAAUCCAAGAUCAUUUGAGGCAACUCAAAACUGAGGAUUUUGUUAUCAUUAUACCUGUUACUCCACAACCACAAUUACAGUUCCGUACACCACAACAACAAUUUCAAGCUCCACAAACACAGUAUCGUGCUCCGUACCAAGCCCCAUAUCAAGAUUCACUGAAUCAGUUUAGAGGUCCUGUUAAUCAACAGACACAACGUCUGAGGGGACAACCUACACAACAAAGGCCUAGGGCACCAGGAACAGCAAGGAAAUCAGAACAACUCACUCAAGGACGAGUAUAUGUUGUUGGACAAGUAACAGAGUCGAAUGAACUUAUUGUGGUGGAAGAACGUGAAGUGGAGUUUUCUAUAGAUAUCUAUCCUGGCACAUCACCUAUCUCUAUACCUCCACAUCGAAUGGCACCAGGAGAGUUGAAAGAACUCAAAACACAACUUCAAGAACUUGAAAGAAAAGAUCAAAGUCUGAGGAUGUGUAUUGACUAUCGUCAACUGAAUAGAAUCACCAUCAAGAACAAGUACCCCUUACCUAGGAUUGAUGACAUGUUUGAUCAACUGCAAGGUUCUCGAUACUUCUCAAAGAUUGAUCUUCGCUCUGGUUAUCACCAAUUACGAGUAAAAGCAGAAGAUGUAUCGAAAACUGCAUUUCGAACACGAUAUGGACAUUAUGAAUUCCUAGUAAUGACUUUUGGAUUGACAAAUACUCCAGCAGUUUUCAUGGAUUUAAUGAAUCGAGUUUUUUGA